CACCCUGCAUUCACAACAAUAAUCUCUCUCUUCGCUCUUCAUUUCAUUUCUCUCUCAAUCAUUCUCUGCUCUUUUUACUCCCAUCGUCCAAUCAUCACUUUCUCUCCAAUUAGAGAGAGAACUUGUAGUCAUUAGCAGUAACAAGGAAGUGCACACAACAAAUUCUCUUUCUUUACGUCUCUUCCUUUCUUCCUCUUCUGCUUCUGCUGCUGCUUCUUCCUUGUCGCUCUAUGCGUGAUCUUGAAGAGCUCAAUUUGUCGUGGUUCAGUUAAUCUUUGCUUCAUUUUAUUUGUCUCAUUCAGAUUUCCUUUUUCUUAACUGGAGUAGAUCUUUAUCAAGUUCCCCCCUUCUUUGGUGGGUGUCGUUUUGUCUCACUGUAGAAAGGUGAUGCGAUGAAGCAGUCGCCAAAUACUUUCUCUCCGGCUCCUGCCAAUAAUCCUCCGGUGAAUCUAUGCAAGGAAGUGGGAAGCAGAGCAUUGGGAAUUUUAUCCGGAUCUGACAGCUACAAUUCUCCAAGUGAUGCUACCCUUUUUUCUAGCUCAUUACCCGUGCUUCCGCAUGAAAAGCUGAAUUUGAAUGAUACAGAAUGUAGUCAUCAGUCUAUUGAUGAUGCCUCAUCUAGUUUAGAUAAUCUUCGAAAAGACGAGGAUGUGGAGGGUAGUGAUUUACUUGAAGAUGUUGAAACUCAUGCAAUCGGAAGUUUGCUUCCUGAUGAUGAGGAUGAGCUUUUAGCUGGCAUCAUGGAAGAUUUUGACCUUAGUAGACUGCCUGGUUCAUUGGAGGACUUGGAAGAUUAUGAUCUCUUUAGUAGUGGAGGAGGUAUGGAACUUGAAAAUGAUCCACAAGAGAGCCUGAGCAUGUGCAUCUCAAAGGUAAAUAUAUCUGAUGGUGUCAUUGGGAAUGGGAUGCAUCAUUAUGGUCUUCCAAAUGGUGUGGGAACAGUUGCUGGAGAACAUCCCUAUGGUGAACAUCCUUCAAGAACUUUAUUUGUUAGAAAUAUUAAUAGUAAUGUUGAAGACAUAGAACUCAGAACUCUCUUUGAGCAAUAUGGCGACAUUAGAACUCUCUACACGGCAUGUAAACAUAGGGGUUUUGUGAUGAUAUCUUAUUAUGAUAUUCGUGCCGCUAGAACUGCUAUGCGUGCGUUGCAAAACAAGCCUUUACGACGGAGGAAACUUGAUAUUCACUUCUCAAUUCCUAAGGACAAUCCAUCAGACAAGGAUAUCAAUCAAGGAACCCUGGUUGUUUUUAAUCUGGAUCCAUCAGUCUCAAAUGAAGACCUCCGGCAAAUAUUUGGGGCUUAUGGAGAAGUCAAAGAGAUAAGGGAAACACCUCAUAAGAGGCACCAUAAGUUUAUUGAGUUUUAUGAUGUGAGAGCAGCUGAAGCGGCACUUAAGUCGCUAAAUAGAAGUGACAUAGCUGGUAAACGCAUAAAGCUUGAACCUAGCCGCCCUGGUGGUGCGCGGCGAAACUUGAUGUUGCAACUGAAUCAAGAGCUUGAACAAGAUGAAUCCCGGAGUUUCUGGCCCCCAGUGGGUUCACCAAUAACCAACUCUCCACCAGGUAACUGGGCACAGUUCAACAGUCCCAGGGAACAUAGUCCAUUGCAAAGCACUAGCAAAUCCCCUGUUUUCAGGAAUUUAAGCCCAACUGGCAACCAUUUGCCCGGGCUCGCUUCAGUUCUUCAUUCUCAAGUAUCAAAUUCUGUGAAAGUUGCACCUAUCGGCAAAGACCAAGGAAGGGGUAGUCUCCGGGAGCAUACAUUUGCAAACAUGAAUUCAGCCCAAGGAGCUGCAUUCCAACUAUCGCAUUCAUUGCCCGAGUCAAAGUUGAAUCAAUACCAUGGAAGUAUGUCAUCCUUUGGUGGUCCUUCAACAUCUAAUGGAUCUGUUGUGGAAACAUUGUCUGGCCCACAGUUUCUCUGGGGAAGCCCAAAUGCGUACACAGAUCGUGCCACUUCAUCUGCCUGGACAACACCAUCUAUGGGCAAUCCAUUCUCAUCCAAUGCAAAUGGUCAUGGCUUGUCAUACAUGGGUCGACAUGGUUCUUUGCUUGCCUCAUCCCAAAACCAUCAUCAUGUUGGUUCUGCUCCAUCUGGGGUUCCUUUGAAGAGGCACUUUGGAUUUUUCCCGGAGUCACCAGAUACCUCAAUCAUGAGUUCUGUCGCAUUUGGAGGCAUGGGUUUGGGACAUAAUGAUGGAAGUUUCAUGAUGAAUAUGGGUGCUCAUGGGCCCAUGAAUACUGGUGUUACCAUUCCAAGAAAUAUUUCUGAAAAUGGUUCAAGUUACAGAAUGAUGUCUUCACCAAGGCUAAAUCCUGUAUUUUUAGGUAAUGGCCCAUACCCUGGAUUAGCAACCACCAGCAUGGAGGGUUUUCCUGAGCGCGGGCGGAGUCGACGGGUUGAGAAUAAUGGGAACCAAGUAGAUAGCAAGAAACAGUUUCAGCUGGACUUGGAUAAAAUUAUCAGUGGGGAAGAUACUCGGACAACCUUAAUGAUAAAAAAUAUCCCGAACAAAUACACCUCAAAGAUGUUGCUGGCUGCCAUUGAUGAAAGUCACAGGGGCACUUAUGAUUUUUUGUACUUGCCAAUUGAUUUUAAGAAUAAAUGCAAUGUGGGUUAUGCAUUCAUCAAUAUGCUCUCUCCUUCACAUAUCAUUCCAUUUUACGAGGCAUUUAAUGGUAAGAAGUGGGAGAAGUUUAACAGUGAGAAAGUUGCGUCUUUGGCAUAUGCUCGAAUCCAAGGGAAGGCAGCCCUUGUGACCCACUUUCAGAAUUCAAGCUUAAUGAAUGAAGAUAAGCGCUGCCGUCCAAUUCUGUUCCAUUCAGAGGGGCAGGAGGCAGGCGAUCAGAUUGUACUGGAGCAUUUACCCUCCAGCAGUUUGAACAUCGAGUUCCGUCAGCCAGAUGGCUCACAAUCUGGAGAUUCGCCAGGAAGCCCUACAAUGGAUGGCUCUGGUGAGAAAUCAGAUAAAAGUUAACAAUUUGUUGGAAGGAGAAGAGAUGGCCUACGGCUUUAGAUGAUGGUGGCUGUGGGUGCUAACCUCUGCGUAUAUAUUUCAAGUGUAUAAAUUUAGGAUAAAGUUUAGAAAAGAAUGCUUUUGCAGAUUUGACAGUCUUUAGUGACAGCUUUAAAAGAAGCAACCAGAGCAUUUUGGUGUCUAUGCUGAUCAGUGAUUUACUGUAGUUGAUGGAGGAGAACAAAAGUGGGCAGAAGUGAGGUCUCUUGCUGUUGACUGCACAGAACACCGACUUGUGCAUGAUUUCUCUCCAGGAACCAUUUUUGUUUUCUGGGAUAUGGAUGUCAUAACUUAUUCUGAAAAUAUGAGUUGUAUAGUCUUUGGGGUUUUCAGAUUUUUGAGGGUCGAUGGUGUAACAUUGGAAUUUUCACAGAAUUGUAUAGAUUGUGAGAUCGACUCUUUUGGAGUUGCUCUCAUAAAAUUGUUCUCGAAAUAGAAUUUCAUCGCAUGGUAUAUUAAA